CAAAGCACACUCUUCUCAUUUCUCUAGUUCUCAUCGCCAGCGAAGCUCUCCUUCAGCCUUCACAGCCUUCGAGCGAAUCACUACCGGUUCGCCUCGCCACCGUCGUCUCGCCACUCGUCAGUCUUCUCCACAUCACCGUGAGUCCGUGACCAUCGCCUUCUGCCCUUCUCCUCCUUGAAAAAAUAUCCUGGUCUUUGAAGAGAUCUGUCGAAUUUUCGCCCGAGGUUUCUUCUUCGCCUUCCAUAAUCUUUCCUCCACCAUCAUCUUCACUUCUGCAGGUUAAUUGGGAUUUAGGCUAAUGAAGGAGAAGUCACAGCAAGAGGAUGAAUUCCGCAGUGGAGGUGAAAGUCACAGCAAGAAAGAUGACGAGGAAGCUGCUGCUCGCCUUGAUGAAAUGAAGAGGUCAAUUGAGGCCAAAAUGGCUCUACGUCAAAGCAAUUUGAGUCCUGAAAGGCCUGACUCAGGAUUUCUUAGGACACUGGAUUCUAGCAUCAAGCGCAACACUGCAGUUAUUAAGAAACUGAAGCAGAUAAAUGAAGAGCAGCGAGAAGCACUGAUGGAUGAAUUGCGAAGUGUCAACUUAAGCAAAUUUGUCAGUGAAGCUGUGGCAGCUAUAUGCGAAGCCAAGCUUAGAACAUCAGAUAUACAUGCGGCAGUUCAGAUCUGCUCUUUGCUUCACCAAAGGUACAAGGACUUCACACCAAGCCUGAUUCAAGGGCUUCUCAAAGUUUUCUCCCCUGGGAAAUCUGGGGAUGAAUCGGAUGCAGACAGAAACUUGAAGGCAAUGAAGAAGCGCAGCACUCUGAAACUUCUGUUGGAACUUUAUUUUGUUGGUGUUAUAGAAGAUUGUGGUAUUUUCAUCAACAUUAUAAAAGAUCUUACCAGUGCAGAACAGCUAAAAGACAUAGACUCUACACAAACUAGUUUGACUCUUCUUUCUAGCUUUGCUCGCCAAGGGAGAAUAUUUUUAGGACUUCCUGUUACUGGUCAAGAAAUUCAUGAAGAGUUUUUGAAGGGACUGAACAUCACAGGUGAUCAUAAGAAAAGUUUCCGAAAAGCAUUUUAUGCAUUUUAUGAUGCUGCAGCAGAACUGCUUCGAUCUGAGCAUUCGUCACUUCGACUAAUGGAGCAUGAAAAUUCUAAGAUUUUAAAUGCAAAAGGAGAACUUAGUGAUGAGAACGUCUCUGCAUAUGAAAAGCUUCGAAAAUCAUAUGACCACUUGUACCGUAAUGUCUCAUC